AUGUCAUCAACCACUCCCAGUGCGACCUGUCCUGAGACUUCUACCGAGCCAGUUACCUGUGCAUCUUCUCAGCCAGAGCAUCCCAAGACAUCAUCUUCUCUAGUGGGGCAGAAGAGUACAUCAGCAUCCAGCCAUCCUCAGACAACAGCAGACUGUUCUGCACCUGUCCUUAACUGGGAAGAAAUAGAAAAUAAGAUAAGAAAGAAUAUCCAGUGUUCCUGGAGAGACAUACUGAAGCUGUGUCAAGAGAAGGAUGUCAGCAAGAUAGGAGAAAUCCCACUGUCCGACUUCCUAGAUAUAGCAGAGAAGUUCCAUUUGGAGUUAAGCAAAGAAGAAAUCAACCAAAUGACAACAAAAUACGAUAUCAAGAAAAAUGGAAAAUUUGCAUACUAUGACUUCUUUCAGAGCUGCAUCUUGUUGUUAAAACCACAGAAAAGCACACUGCUACAAAGAGUGAUUAUACCGAAGCCACAAAAACCGAUGAGUCCUGGACCACAAUCUGUGUUGUUCUACAGCACAAUGCUGAGAAUUCAGCCCCAGAUCUUGCACUGUUGGAGACCAAUGAAGCGCACUUUUAAAUCCUAUGACGAAAGUCGUACUGGACUGUUAAAUGUUGCAGAUUUCAGACAAGUUCUUCAUGAAUACAAAAUCAACCUAUCGGAAGAAGAGCUGUUUAACAUUUUGGAAUACUAUGAUAAAACUCUAUCUUCAAAAAUAUCCUACAAUGAUUUUCUCCGGGCAUUCUUACAGUAG